GUUGCGUGUGGCCGUGUCUCUCCCGCUGGCAGCUGAUAGGCAGGCGGUGGGAGGGAGGUGAAGUUUCUGCUGUUUCCUCGCUGCUCCUCUUCAUCAUGGACGCGGAGGCGCGUUUCUCUCGAGAGGAAAUCAACAGCACGGUGUGGGAGGUCCCGGAGAAAUACACGCGGCUGAAGCAGAUCGGAACCGGGGCGUACGGUUCGGUUUGCUCCUCCAUAAACGAGAAGACCAAAGAGAAAGUGGCCAUCAAGAAGCUCCACCGUCCGUUUCAGUCGGAGAUCUUCGCUAAGAGGGCUUACCGAGAGCUGCGGCUGCUCAAACACAUGAAGCAUGAGAACGUCAUAGGACUUUUGGACGUGUUCACACCUGCCUCCAGCCUGGAUGAGUUCCAGGACUUCUGCCUGGUGAUGCCUUACAUGUACACGGACCUGUCAAAGGUGCGAGGGCCUCUCACUGACGACAAAGUGCAGUAUCUAGUGUACCAGAUGCUCUGUGGACUCAGGUACAUCCACAAGGCGGGAAUCAUCCACAGAGAUCUGAAGCCGGGAAACCUGGCGGUAAACCCGGACUGCCAGCUGAAGAUCCUGGACUUUGGCCUGGCCCGCAGCACUGAUGCAGAGAUGACGGGCUACGUGGUGACCCGUUGGUACCGUGCGCCUGAGGUCAUUCUGAACUGGAUGCACUACUCCCAGACUGUGGACAUCUGGUCGGUGGGGUGCAUCAUGGGAGAAAUGAUCAAUGGAAAAACGCUUUUCAAAGGAAAAGACUACAUGGACCAGCUGACUCAGAUUCUGAAGGUUACUGGAGUCCCGGGCCCGGAGUUCGUUCAGAAACUCGACAGUCCUGAGGCCAAAAGCUAUGUGAAGAACCUUCCUCGCUACCCAAGAAAAGACUUCUCCACGCUCUUCCCCAAAGCCAGUGAACUUGCCAUCGAUCUGCUGGAGAAGAUGCUGGUUCUGGACGGGGAUGAAAGGCCAACAGCAGAAAUAGCUCUGGAGCAUCAAUACUUCGACAGCUUACGAGACCCAGACGACUUACCAGAACCGGUGCCGUAUGAUGACAGUCACGACAACGCAACUCUGUCCCUGGAUGAGUGGAAGCGUUUAUGUUUCAAAGAGGUAAAAAGCUUUGUGCCAUUUCCACGGCGGGACUCCAAGAGAAAAAAUACCCUCACGAUGUCCUCAUGAUUAUUUCAGUGUGAUGUUACCCCUGCCCCCUCAGACAGCCAAUAGUGCCCUUGUAUAUUCUAGCCACUAUUUUUUCAAUUUUUUUUAUUUUUUAAACCUCUGUUAAGGUUUAAAUGUGUUUUUUUUUGUCCUCGCUCUUUGUGAAAUUCUUCACUAAGCAUCAUGCCUUUUGUGUAACGCCUUGAGACAACUUCUGUUGUUCACUGGUGGUCUUAUAAAUAAACUGAAUUGAAUUAAAUGUUCAUCAUAAUACAUUCAGUAAACGUUGUCACAGUUGAGUUGACUGUACUGCAGUUUCUCUAAUUAUCGGUUUCCAAAUAAACAAUAAAACAAAA